GCCACGUUCUAAGGAGACUUGCCCAAGGUCACACAGCAGGGACCAGAGCAGGCCUCCAGGAACCUUCUCCGGAGCAAAUUACUGUCCAAGAGGGGUUUGGGGGAGGACCCCCGCUUCUGAUUGUGGAGGAAAGGCAGAGUCAUUGAUGGCUCUGUUCUUGGGCUACAUCCCAGGGACUCAGAGGGUCCAGGUGGUGGUAAGAACCAGGUCCAGUUCGGCAGAACCUCUGCCCUUCUCCUUCCCCCAGCUGUCCCUGAUAGGAGGCCUUAGCCCUCGCAGCUCAUAGGUGGGGCAUCAUGGGUUCACCAAGUGGAAAGAACGCAGGCCUUGGAACCUGCAGGUGCAUUGCUGAAAGAAGCUAAGUGAGCCUUCAGUUUCUACAGCCUAUAAAAUAGACUUGGUCCAUUUUAUAGAUGAGGAUAUCCUUGGCUAUUUUGCAAGCCAUUUUGAGAUCUUGGUGCUUUCAGGCCAUCUUGAGAUCUUGUUUUCAGGACGCUGUAAAAUCUCCCCAAAAGUCAGACUGGUCCAACUCCUCCACUGUACAAAUGAGCAGUCUAGGGCUAUGCUUGGGGUAUGGAGGCGAAGGGACAGGUGAGAGUUGGCUGAGCAGUGGAUUGGAAUGAGGAGUUGGAAAUAAUAACAGAGGCCUUUGACUGAGUGUCAUUUCAGUGCCAGGCACUUCGGACACUGUUAUCCCCAUCAGCUGAGGGAUGCAGGGCUGCAGGAAAGGAGAGGUUAAGUCAUUGCUGAUGAUCGUACAGCUAGGAAGGGACAGCGUGGAGAUUCAAACCCAGGGCUGUGGUCCACAAUGUGGAAAUUAGGGUGAGGCGAAUGAGGUGCUCACCUUGGAGCAAAAUUUCAAGGCGGGGGGCACAAAAAUAACCUCACUAGUCAAGAUAAAUAAUAUUGUAAUGUAAUACUUUUAAAAAUCAAAUAGCAAACUACAGCCCACAGGCAGUCUGUUUUUAUAAAUCAACUUUCGUCAGAACCAGAGCCAGGACUAGGGUGAGGCACAGGUGGUUAGGGGUGUUUGUGCAACUUUGGAUCCUAUCUUGGUUUAAGCUUGUGUUCGUGAUGGGUGCUGUGCUUUGAUGUCUAUUCUUUAAAUAUUGCAUUAAGUAUUAUUUUCUUGAUUGACUGAAUUUGGGGCAUCUCCUUAAAUUUUGCACCCAAGGCAAGUGCCUCACUCCGCCUGCCCUAGUCCUAGCCCUGCUGUGGCAUAAGGACCAAGUACAGUGGCAGAGCGCUUGGCCGGUGGCAUUGAAGGCUGCACCAUGCCCAGGCAGAUGGGAGGCCCCUGCAUCUGCUGAGGGUAUAGCCUCUCAGGCUGGCCAGCUCCCCUUCUGACUCAGCCUUGGCAGAUCUUGGCCCAGGGAAGUGCUGGGGGCUGCAGAGCUGUUCCAAGGCACCCAGGGGUUGUGGAGGUGGGGGUGGGGGCAGUUCAGCAGCCAAUCUAGGAGCCAGGAGACCUUGGGCUACAGCAAUGCCUUCUCCCCCUUUUUCUCUGGGCCUCAGUUGCUUCAUUUCUGCAAUGGACACAAACAGCACUGAGUCCAGAAGAUCAAAGACAUAAGAUUUGUUCAGCGUCACCUGUCAAGGGUGGUUUCCACCAGCGGCCUCACGGGGAAAAGCCCCAGCGCCCACAGUCUGAUCCCAGCCUCCUGCCCAGUGCCUGGCUUUGGUUAAGGGAGGAGGAUGCAACAAAACUCAGUAAGCAAGAUAAAUCAUAUUUUAAUGUAAACUUUUUUCAUUCAAAUUGGCAAACUAUGGCCCCCAGGCCGACCAUCAAUUUUUAUAAAUAGAGUUUCAUUGGAACAUACUGCUCGGACUCCAAUCCUGGUUCCUACCUUAGCUGUGUGAUUGUGUGCAAAUUCUCGUGCUUUUCUCAGCCUCGGUUUCUUCAUCUGUAAUAUGGAGAGAGGAACAGUCCCUGGGUCAUAGGUUCUCCAUUAAGGUGAAGUGAGAUAGAGCACAUAAGUACUCUAAGCAGCGACUGGCCCUCAGGGACGCUAUAUAACAGCAAUGACGGUUGUUAUUAUUAGUUGCUGUUGUUAUAGUAAUAGUAUUAGAAUUUUUUUUUCUUUUGGCCAUGCCACACGGCAUGUGGGAUCUUAGUUCCCCGACCAGAGAUCGAACCCAUGCCCCCUGCAGUGUAAGAGCGGAGCUGUAACCACAGGACUGCCAGGAAAUUCCCCAUAGUAUUAGAAAUUUUUAAUCGAAGAAACAGGCACUUCUAGACAGGAGGGAGCCCUUGUUGCUACCCGGGCUAAGACUCAAUGGGAACUCAGCACGUACCAUGGAUCAGGUCUGUUCUAAGCUCUUUACAUCUAUUGACUCUUUAAGCCUCACAAUAAUUCCUCAAUGUAUUCGCUAGGGACUAGCAUCAUUCCCAUUUUUCAGUUGAGGAAACCGAGGCACAUAGUACUUACAUCACCAGCAGAGACCACACACCCGGUACGUGGUGUAGCCUAGGUGCAAAUGCAGACAGUCUGACUCCAGAGUCUGGGUCCUUCAUCACAUGUGCCCCCUCACAUGCAAAUUGUCCCAGACUCAUGGGCACUGACAGCCACAGCCUUUCUUGCUCGUUCUGUCACACUCUGAACUUCUCACGCUGAGAGUCAUUGGCACACACACCAACAGUUCGCCCCGAGUCACACAUCACCAAGGCAUCCAUCACGCACUGACCCCCUCACAGACUCUAGUCUCUCUGUCACAGACCAGGUCCCAAGGAACACCAGGGCUUGCUGAGUCCCUACCCAACGUCUCUCCCUUGGAAUUUUUCCAACAAUACAACCCCUGAAGCCACAGCUGCGGGUAGGAGGAGACCCUAAUCUCUUCAACAAACAGAAGGGUGCCUGAAGCCCAGAACAGGAAGGAAGCAGCCAAAACAUACAGCAACAAGACUGUGGCUGAGCAGUGGGGCCUCUGCCCGGCCAGUAGUCACUGAGAGUCGUGGCUUUUCUCUCUACCCACCUUAGUGCCUGGGCUGGACUCCAGCUUCAGGAAAAGUCUGGGGCAUCUUCCUGUUCCCCUAGCUGCCCCUCCACUCAGCUGGGGUCCGGGAACAGAGUGGGGAGGUGGAGGGGGCCUCCCACGCGCCAUCUGGGGCCCGACCCCCACGUAUCUGGAAGCUGAGGCCCUCACCCCUGCUGCCUACUUUUUUUUUUUUUUUUUUUUGGCACACGGGCUUAGUUGCUCCUUGGCAUGUGGGAUCUUCCUGGAGCUGGUAUCGAACCCGUGACCUCUGCAUUAGCAGGCGGAUUCUUAACCACUGCGCCACCUAGGAAGCCCCCUGCUGCCUACUUUUACUCCAGGUCGUCAACCACCAGGCAAGUGUCUGGGCCCAGCACAACCUCCCCGACGCCCUCAUAGAGGGUCCGAUCCAGCCACAAACCGCACACAUGCAGCACUUGUCUGCUCCCAUCUCUUUCCCCCUAUCUUCUCUGCCUUCCCAUCUCUUCUUAUUUGAUGGAAGAAUCCCACCAGAUCUUCACGUGCUCCGAGAAUGAGCGAGGGAAGUGGGUUCUGAUCACACUCACCACCUGUGUCGCCACGGCCAGGCCUUGGAGCUGCUGAGACCACGGUCGCCUCAGUGAAAUGGGGAUCAUAAGAGACCUUCCUCCUCCAAAUGUUCAACAAUUAAAUUAGGUGAGGACCGCCCCCUGAGGAAGGCCUGUACUGUGACGAGAGGAAGGGGCUGCCCCCCGGUCCCCACCCAGCCACCAUGAAUACCUCAGCCCCACCCGCCGUAAGCCCUAACAUCACCGUCCUGGCACCGGGAAAGGGUCCCUGGCAAGUGGCCUUCAUUGGGAUCACCACAGGCCUCCUGUCACUGGCCACGGUGACGGGCAACCUGCUGGUACUCAUCUCCUUCAAGGUCAACACGGAGCUCAAGACGGUCAACAACUACUUCCUGCUGAGCCUGGCCUGUGCCGACCUCAUCAUCGGCACCUUCUCCAUGAACCUCUACACCACGUAUCUGCUCAUGGGCCACUGGGCUCUGGGCACGCUGGCCUGCGACCUCUGGCUGGCCCUGGACUACGUGGCCAGCAACGCCUCGGUCAUGAACCUGCUGCUGAUUAGCUUUGACCGCUACUUCUCCGUGACCCGGCCCCUGAGCUACCGCGCCAAGCGCACACCCCGCCGGGCCGCCCUGAUGAUCGGCCUGGCCUGGCUGGUUUCCUUCGUCCUCUGGGCCCCGGCCAUCCUCUUCUGGCAGUACCUGGUAGGGGAGCGGACGGUGCUGGCCGGGCAGUGCUACAUCCAGUUCCUCUCCCAGCCCAUCAUCACUUUUGGCACAGCCAUGGCCGCCUUCUACCUCCCUGUCACGGUCAUGUGCACGCUCUACUGGCGCAUCUACCGGGAGACAGAGAACCGGGCCCGGGAGCUGGCGGCCCUGCAGGGCUCCGAGACGCCGGGGAAGGGGGGUGGCAGCAGCAGCAGCUCAGAGAGGUCCCAGCCGGGGGCUGAGGGCUCCCCGGAGACCCCUCCAGGGCGCUGCUGCCGCUGCUGCCGGGCCCCCCGGCUGCUCCAGGCCUACAGCUGGAAGGAGGAAGAGGAGGAGGAUGAAGGCUCCAUGGAGUCCCUCACAUCCUCUGAGGGUGAGGAGCCCGGCUCCGAGGUGGUGAUCAAGAUGCCCAUGGUGGACCCGGAGGCGCAGGCCCCUGGCAAGCAGCCGCCCCAGAGCUCCCCGAACACGGUCAAGAGGCCGACCCGGAAGGGGCGUGAGCGAGCAGGCAAGGGCCAGAAGCCCCGUGGCAAGGAGCAGCUGGCCAAGCGGAAGACCUUCUCACUGGUCAAGGAGAAGAAGGCAGCUCGGACCCUGAGCGCCAUCCUGCUGGCCUUCAUCCUCACCUGGACACCAUACAACAUCAUGGUGCUGGUGUCCACGUUCUGCAAGGACUGUGUUCCCGAGACCCUGUGGGAGCUGGGCUACUGGCUGUGCUACGUCAACAGCACCAUCAACCCCAUGUGCUACGCGCUCUGCAACAAAGCCUUCCGGGACACUUUCCGCCUGCUGCUGCUCUGCCGCUGGGACAAGCGUCGCUGGCGCAAGAUCCCCAAGCGCCCCGGCUCUGUACACCGCACCCCCUCCCGCCAAUGCUGAUGGCCCCUCACCUGCAUCCCUCCAUCCCAGGCCCCGGUAGAAAGCGGGCAGGGGCUGUGACCUCAGACCCAGGGCCCUGCUCAGGCCCAACCAGGCUUCCCAGGCCCCUAGGUCACCUUCCUGCACAGCCCAGGGAGACCCUGCCAACGUUCCACACUUAGCUGUUCCCAGGCAGGGAGGGGAAGCCGGGGAACUGGUUUUUGUCUUCCCUGUUGGGUGUUGAAUGGGCUCCUCACCAGGAAGAAGGCCCAGGAGGAGGAUCUGGGCUUUGGAUUCCUUGUUUGUGUUUAGACAGGAAGUCCGUCCAGAGCCAGCAAGGGCAGGCCAGGAGAAAAGAGGUUUAACCGCGCAGUCAUCCUUGGCCCAGGGGCUGGCCUGGAUUGAGUGGGAGAUGGCACCCCCUGCCAGCUGGGAAUGAUACCAACCACUGAAAGAAAAGCUUGGCUCAAAGGGAGCAUCCCCUUCCGCCUCCCCGGGGAUCCCCUCCCUCUCCAGGCACAGCCCACACUGCUGGGCCCUAGGCACACUCUCCGGGAUUGUCCAGCCUCCCUACACGUCUCCAGAGUGUCCCUGUGUGGGUCACCCCCAAGGCAAAUGUCCAAGCAUCAGCAGGACAAUGACCCAGAGGGGACCAGCGUGGUUAGUCACACAGUCCCGAGGCAGCAGCAGGACCAGGCGCCAGGUGUCCCAACUGUCCCACUAUGUCAUUUCCCUGGGAGUGAGGGGCAGGGGUGCCUGCUGUCCAGCCCCACACCUAUAGCCCCUGCCCCAGAGAAACCCUCAGUCCCUCCCUCCCUGGCUCACAGACGCCACCUGGACAGAUCUGCCCCGUCAGAUCUAGCCAGGCCUCCCGCAUGCUGCCUGCCUCUGGCCCCACCCCACACCAGCCUGGCCCAACCAACAGGUUCUUUCCUGUGAGCUCCCCAAUCUGACCCAUGCAUGGCCUCCCAGCCACCCUUAUCUCCAGGCCCAGCCUGGUCCCAAAUGUUCUCUCCUCUCGACCUCAGCAAGUGCUGAGUCUGUGAAUAAAGCCACAUAACCAACGGGCACUAAGGGGCCUUCCUCCCUG